GUUAGUUUAGUAGUAUAAUUUUGUUGAAUGAUAAUUUAGUAAGGGUAAAAAUGAAUUGUUUGUUUCAAAAUUUAUAGGGUAGCAUAAAAUGAAAUCUCUCAAGUGUCAUCUAAAUAUCUAACUCAAGGUAGGUUGAAGAAAGAGAGAAGAAGAGAGACAUAAGCAUGAAGAAAGUUCUUCUAUUAGUAAACUCCAUCCUUCUAGCCAUAGGCACCUCCGGUGGCCCUCUCGUAAUGCGUCUGUACUUCAUCCACGGCGGCAACCGUAUCUGGCUCUCCAGCUUCCUCGAAACCGCAGCCUUUCCCAUCAUUCUCAUUCCCUUGGCCAUCACUCACAUCAAUCACCAUAACCAUCAUCACCAAACAAAACCUAACCUAAUUUCCAUGAAACCACCUCUCUUUCUUGCCUCCGCCGUCAUCGGAGUCCUCACCGGCCUGGACGACUACCUCUACGCCUGCGGCAUAGCGCGUCUGCCGGUGUCCACCUCUUCCCUCAUCCAAGCCUCGCACCUCGCCUUCACCGCCGUCUUCGCCUUCCUCCUCGUCAGGCACAGGUUCACGCCGUACUCCGUCAACGCCGUCGUGCUGCUCACCGUGGCCGCGGUGGUCCUGGCGCUGCGCUCCGGCGGGGACCGUCCGAGCGGUGAGUCGACGCGGCAGUAUGUGAUCGGGUUUGUUAUGAUACUGGCGGCUGCGGCGCUGUAUGGAUUUGUUCUGCCGUUGAUGGAGUUGGUGUACAAACGGAGCAAGCAACGUAUUACGUACUCUUUAGUCAUGGAGAUUCAGCUUGUCAUGUGCUUCUUUGCUACCUUCUUCUGCGUCAUUGGAAUGAUAAUCAAUAAUGACUUCAAGGUGAUAUCGCGAGAAGCCAAAAAUUAUAAGCUUGGGGAAACCAAGUACUAUGUUGUGCUGGUGUGGGGUGCAAUAAUGUGGCAGUUGUUCUUCUUGGGAGCAAUAGGGGUUAUCUUUUGCGCCUCUUCUUUGUUUUCUGGUAUUAUAAUUGCUGCUUUUCUUCCAGUAACGGAGGUUUUGGCUGUUAUUCUUUACAAAGAGAGUUUUCAAGCAGAGAAAGGGGUUGCUUUGGUGCUCUCUCUCUGGGGGUUUGCGUCCUACUUCUAUGGAGAGAUUAAACAAGACAGGAAAAAGAACAAGAAUCGUUGUCCACAAACAGAGUUACCUCAAACUCAAACUCAAACUCAAACUCGUCCUUCCAACGCAUGAUUGCAAGUAAAGUUGUCAAUUCAUUUCACUAUCUUGGCUUGUGUUGAAUUGUCAAUAUUGAAGGCUAGCUUUGGCCCCAACUAGAGGAAAAUCACAAAAGGCAAAGCCAUUUGUCACCCUUUUAAUUAAUACAAAAGUCUAAAAUGAUUACUAA